AUGCCUAUGCUCUCUCCGAUAACAGGCGACACUUGCUCUUUUUUCGAUUGGCAUCGAGCUUCAGAAACUCUUCGACUCCCUUGGCCGCUUGGCCAUCCCCACCACGACUCCUUCCCGCCACAACCACUUCCUCUGCCGCCACCGCCACCAACCAUUAACGGACUCCCUCCGCCGCAAUGCCCACCGCCUUUACGCCACUACAUCGAACUUCCGCCACCACAACAAACGCACGCCUUUGUCGCACUUCCUCCGCCACAAACAUUUAAACAGCGAACACCUAUAAAAAACAGAGCCUCGCCACCUCCACCUGUCGCCGAGAACUGCCGCCGUCCACUAUCACCAUCGCGACAGCAAUCGUUCACCGAAGAGCACCUUCCACCACCACCACCCCCGCCGCCAACCAACGCCGAAAAUUUAUAUGCAAUCUCUCCAUUGCCAGAGUGCGAGUCGAGCGUUUGUCGCCUGCCGUCCAAGACCAACAUGGUCCACGAGUACGGCACAAUGCCACAGCCUCCUUCGGCCACCCUGUCGGAAUCUGCUCGGGUCCAGUCAUCGUCGAAGGGGCAGGCGCAGAGGAAGCUCGGCAAGGAAGACGGAGCGGACGGCGGCAAAGGCAAGGCGGUGGCCGAGGGGGACAACAGCUACCCAGCGAGGUCGCGCAGGCGGCGGAGAGGAGGGAGCCCGCUGCCGCCGCGCGUUGUCACGUACUGGAGGCCGAAGCACAAACCGGGGGCAGCGGGAAGCGGGACGGCGGUGGAAGCGGCAGAGGUCAACGGGAAGGGGAGAAAGUGCGCUAUGGGUAAGGACAACACAGCUACUUCUGUCAUUCUGAACGCCUCCAACAGAUUCAGGUUGGUCUCCUCUCCCCUCUUUGACCUUCUCCUCUGA